AUGGACAGCUCACACCAGUCGCCCAACCCUCCUUCUCGGGAGAUGUCAGGGAAGGGGCCAGAGAUCACUCGCAAGAUCACUGCCUGUGUUGCGUGCAGAAAGCAGAAGAUCAAAUGCAAUAUGCACGACGGCCCGCCAUGCUCUCGGUGCAAGAAGCGUGGUCUGUCCUGCACAGUCAACAAGAGUCUGCAGAUGAUCCUGGAAUCCGAUGCAGACUGGAAGACCAAGACAGAGAGUCGUAUCCGCGCUCUUGAAGGCGCUCUAGGCAAGGUCGCAGAUCAUCUGACGUUACCGGAGCUUCUCGACUAUGACAUGGAGGAUGCAGCCGACUCGCCUGAGCCCUCUGGUUCCCAUGCUCGACCUUCGCUUACGCUGUCGCCACACGAAGAGAAGCAUACACCGCACAACUUUGACCUGGUCAUGGACGACAAUACCGGGCCAGGAGCUAUACCAGGAUCUGUGGUUUCACCUGUGAUUGUGCAUAGCGUCGAGCAGAAUCGGGCGGAUCAAGAUAUUGUCACACGUGGUAUCAUUACGGCAGAUCAAGCACAAUCGUUUCUGGACAUCUAUCAGAAUCGGCUGGACCACUUCGUCUAUCGGAUCAUGGGCGAUCGCGUAACUCUUGCUCAAGUGCGAAAAGCGUCACCAUUACUUCUGGCGGCUGUCUGUACAGUCGGUGCUCUACACCUGGCAUCUCCGUAUUUUGAGAAAUGCUAUCAAGAAUUUGUGACCAUCUCUGCGACUCACACCUUCUCACGCCGCAACACAGUCGAAGAUGUGCGGGCGCUCUGUAUAGGGGCUUUUUGGUUAAGCGGAAUCAGCUGGACUUGUAUUGGGGCAGCCGUGAGGAUCGCGACCGAGCUCCAACUCCAUCGCAGCAUAUUCAAGGCGCUUUCUGGUGAGCGCAACCACUAUCUGCGCACUCGGCUAUAUUACGUUGUCUAUGUCUGUGACCAUCACUUCUCUAUUGCAUAUGGACGGCCGCCGAUGACCCGCCAAGAUGACGCCAUCCGAGCAUCUUCUGCAUUUCUGCAGACCGAACACGCUGUUGAAGACGAUGCCCGUCUUCUAUCUCAAGUCAAGUUUUGGUCUGUCGGCACCGAAGUGUAUGAGACUUUUGGAGUAGAUGUGGAGCGGCCCCUCACACUGGACAUGAUCGAACCGAUACGGCGGUAUGCCAUCAAACUCGACGAAAUUCGAGCAUACUGGACGGAGCGCCUGUCACAAAACCGCUACGUCGGCAACUACCCUCGUAAAGGUGUAGGCCUCCAUUACCAUUUCGCGAAACUAUAUCUUUAUUCGAUAGCUUUCAGAGGCAUCGGACGUCCUGGCUUCAAAUCACCAGACGUAGCACUGGACAUCGAUGAGCUUGCGAACUCAGCACUUCUGUCAGCAACCGCCAUCUUGAGAGUGGUUACGCAAGAUCCUGAGAUCCAGAACUUCCUCAAUGGACUGCCAACCUACUUCGAUAUUAUGAUAGCGUUUGCGGUGGUGUUUGUGCUCAAGAUCUCCAACAAGUAUGCUGCCGCUGUUCGAGUCGACACCAGUGAUAUUCAUUCGCUGGUAGCAGAGCUUGUCCGAGUCCUCAAAGCCGUGACCUCGAACAUGCACUCACGUCAUCUCUUAGUCAGUGUCGCUCGAGGUGCCGAGACACUACUGGAACGUGUACGCCCUCCGGAAGCACGUGGGCCUUUCCCGGCCAACGCUCAUGUAGUCAUGACACAACCUACGUUCGAUGACAGCUUGUACGAUAUAUCUAGCCAGUGGAACGGCACAUCCUUCGAUAACUUCUUCAUGGGCGAAUUUGACUUCCUUGAUGUCUGCUGGUAUGCUUCCUAA